AUGGGCAUUGACGCUUCCGAAUUGCUUGUGCCAUUCGCUGGCGCUAUCCAGGCUUCGUUCUCUGUCUUGCUUACCAUUGUGUUUGGUGUCGUUGCUGCGCAAUGUAAUUUGCUAUCGACCAAUGCUGCCAAAGAGGUAUCGAAACUAUGUGUGCGCAUGUUCUUGCCUGCGCUCUUGAUUUAUAAGAUCGGCUCGAACUUGCAUCAAGGCACAGCAGUUCGAUACGUCCCAUUACUAAUAUGGUCAAUUACCUACACGCUCCUUUCCGUCCUUGUCGGCCGCAUCCUCACCCGUGUAUUUAAGUUGCCGAGCUGGGUAACCCCAGCCAUUGCUUUCAACAACACAACAAGUCUACCGCUUCUCCUCAUCGAAUCACUCAAGCAGACCCAGAUCCUCGAUGUCAUACUUGUUGGAGGAGACACUGCGGCCGAUGCACUUGAUCGUGCAGAGUCUUACUUCUUGAUCAAUGCCAUGGUCAGCAAUUCACUCACUUUUGCUUUGGGACCACGACUUCUCAAACCCGGCGAUGAAGAUGCGCCCGACGACCAGGAAGAAUCACAGGAUGGAGAAGAUGAGGAGGAAGACGAGGGUACAGGCAAUGGAAACGGUUAUGGAGACAUCGAACGUGGUCCGGACGGACUUAUCAACGAACACACCUCUCUUCUUCCAGAACGCAUCAUCAAACCGACCAAUCGCAUCGAAAAAAAGGGCUACCUCAAAACGCGCGACUGGUUCAAUGGUCUCGGCCCAAAGACGCAGGAGGUUGUUGAAGUCGCAUGGCAAUUCGCCAAUGCGCCACUUCUUGGAGCCCUUGUCGGUGCAAUAAUUGGACUGACGCCACCGCUUCAUAGGCUGUUCUUCAACAAGAGCAACGACGGCGGGUACUUCAACGCGUGGCUGACCACGUCGUUCAAGAACAUUGGCGAUCUGUUUGCAUCCACGCAGAUCAUCGUCGUUGGGGUGAAACUCAGCCAGAGCAUGUUGCGCAUGAAGCGAGGCGAGGAUAGCGGAGAAGUCGCAAAGAAGAGUCUGGCGUUGGUCACCUUUAUACGCUUCAUCAUUUGGCCUAUGAUCAGCAUUUCUCUCAUAUGGGCGCUCGCUUCGAAAACGAACCUUCUCGACGCCGACCCAAUGCUAUGGUUUGCGAUGAUGUUGAUGCCCACAGGCCCGCCAGCUAUGAUUCUGGUCGCUCUAACGGAUGUCACCGGCGCACCGGAAUCGAUGAAGAUGACAAUCGCAAAGUUCUUGACAAUCAGUUACGCAAUCACUCCGAUGAUAUGCUUCGCUGUCGUGGGAAGUCUGAAGGCGACUGAGGCCGCGAUCAGUCGUUAG